AUGCCUGAGUCGCAGACGACCCCGGAUCAGGUCUCCAUCGACGACCUGACCCCCGAGGAGGCCAACCGCAUCAUCCACUCUCAUCGCAAGGUCCGAUAUGCAUGCUGGCCGUGCCGCCAACGCAAGGUAAAGUGCGACAACAAGCAGCCAUGCGAGAACUGCGUCAAGCGCGAGCAUCCGCAGCUAUGCUCCUACAAGCCGAACCGCACCGCCUCCCACGGCACGCACCACAAACCCGCCGCUUCCGUCACCACCGACGGCGCCAACAGCGUGGCCGCGGCCGCCAGCACCGCGGUCGCGGCAGGCGUGGACGAGACCGAGGCCCCCGAGGCCGUGACGCGGUACCUCGGCCAGAACAGUAUCCCCUCCCUGCUGCGCGAGCAGUCCGCCGCCAACGACCUGCAGGAGGGCGUCGACAUACGCCAGGACAUGCGCUCGAUACUCGGCCUCGACACCUCGGCGCCCUUCCCGCUCAUGUCGUCCAAGCACCUCGACAGCCUGACGAGGGAGAUCUCGGCGGAGCUGCCCUCGGACCGGGAAGUCAUGAAGCUCUUCCGCACGUACAAGGAAACGCCGCAGCAGUUCUGGGGCUUCGUCGUCGACAUUGACGACCUCGAGUCCAAGCUCAUGGUCUACCUCGAAGACCGCGCCCGCAACGCCAGCAACGCCACGAGGACGCCCAAGCCGGUGUCGGCGUCGUGGCUCGCCAUCCUCUUUGCUCUGCUGGCCGUGGGGUCGCAGUACCACGACUCACCAUAUCACAUCCGCACGCGAGACUCGCAAAAGUACAUUCAGAUCUCGUUCCAUUUCCUGAGGCUAGGCAACUUCCUCCUACGACCCACAUUCGACUCCAUCCAGGCCCUCCUACUAACCAGCUUCGUCCUGCUCAACGACAUGAAGGCCGAGGCCUCUUGGGCCCUGCUCGGCCUGACGUGUAGACUGGCGCAGUCUCUCGGCCUGCACCGCCCGAACCCCUCGGACGGGAGGGACAGCGCCCGCAACGACGGGCAGUCCAAGGAGAUGAUCCGCCGCAAGCUGUGGUGGACGUGUGUGUGGCACGAUACCCUCACGUCGCUGUCCUUUGACCGCCCCCCAAUGACAAACAUCCCCUGUUGUCCGAUCCCGACGGUGCAGCACACCGUCGCCGGCGAGUACGGGUACCUCGACACCAUGUACCACCUCUGCGAAAUCAUCUCGCGCCGCCUCAACCCGGACGUCGCGACGACCGUCAGCUACGAGCAAAUGGUUGAGAACUGUGAGGCCGUCGAGAACCUCCGCAACAUGGUGGCCCCCAACAUCCGCAUCAAGGAGCAGUGCAAGCGGGCUAUCGACCGCCUCCAGCAUUACGCGGUCCGGCUGCACACGUCCUUUGUCAUCUCCGUCUGCUGCCGGCCGGCCCUGCGGCGGGACUGCACCAAGCUCACCCCCGAGCAGAAGCGCCACCUCUCGGAAAAGUGCCAGCACAACCUCGCCGAGACGGUCCGCAUGUUCCUCGCCAUGCACCAGCUCUCCGUCAUCCCCACUCGCAGCUGGGCCUUCACCUAUCACGGCCUGUCGUCGGCGCUGCUCCUCGGCAUCCUGGGCGAGACCAAGAACAGCCCCGAGGUCCGCCAGCUGCAGGGCGACCUCAUCGCCGCGCUGUCCGCGACGGCCGCCAAGGAGGCCACCUCGCCGUCGGCGCACAUCCCUAAGACGGACAAGGACAUUGAGCUGUCGGGCCCGCUGUGGAGGGCGCUGACGGCGCUGCGCAACAUUUACGAGCACGGCACCAUCAUGGGCACGUCGCAGAUGAAGGGCACCGACUCGAGCGGCACCGGAAGCGGCGCGCGGACGCCGCUGCCGCCAAUGCUCAUGGGCCCGAUGGCCAACGGCGGGAGCGACGGCGUCGGCAAGGGCUUCGGCCUCGACCCCCACCAGGACGCCGCCCUCGCCAUGGCCGAGAUGCAGAACGGCACUGCCCUGGCGGAGUACACCCCCAAGUAUGGUCUUGUCCCCCCGUCGCCGGAUCCGGAGUCGCUAACGAGACCAAGUAUGGGAUACCCGCCCGUCAGCAUGGACAACAUUGCGAACCUAGACCCCUCGACGUACAUGUCGCCAAUGGACCUCUACGAAUCGAUCUGGUGGGGGCGUGACGACGGAAAGACUGACCGAUGCAUUGCAGAAUCCCCCGACCCCUGGAACAGCGGCGUCGAUACCAUGAACUUCGACUUUGUCGCCCAGCCCCCGCCGGGCCAGCCUCAGCAGCAGUACUACUUUUGA